CUUCUACUCAAUAAUACUGCCUCUAAUGUUGACUUGACAAAGUCUAUCCAAAAACAUCUCCUACCAUUUGUUAAUAAUCUUGUUUUGUCAUAAUACAUCUUCAUUUCUUAACCAAACACAAACAAACUUCUUCUUGAGUUACAAAUUUGAAACAUGGCUGAGGCUGUGCUUGAACUUGUGCUUCACAAUUUGAACUCACUCAUUCAGAAGGAGAUUGGCUUAUUUCUUGGUUUUCAUCAAGACUUUAAUAGGCUUUCCAGCUUGCUGACAACAAUCAAGGCUACUCUUGAAGAUGCCGAGGAGAAGCAAUUCAGUGACAGAGCUAUCAAGGAUUGGCUUCUUAAGCUCAAAGAUGCUGCUCACGUCCUCGACGACAUCUUGGACGAGUGUGCCACUCAAGUGCUGGAGAUGGAGUCUAAAGGACUGUCACACAAGGUACAAAGCUCUUUCCGAUUCUCUUUUCAUCCAAAGAAUGUCGCUUUCCGUUACAAAAUGGCUAAGAAAAUGAAGAGGAUAAGAGAGAGGUUAGAUGAAAUCGCUCAAGAAAGGAGCAAGUUUCAUUUGAUGGAAAUUGUUAGAGAGAAGAGAAGUGGAGUCCUUGAAUGGCGUCAAACUACUUCAAUCAUUACUCAACCUCAAGUCUACAGAAGAGAACAAGAUAAGGACAGAAUCAUAAACUUUUUGGUAGGCGAUGCUUCUAGUUUCAAGGAUUUGUCUGUUUAUCCAAUAGUUGGUCUUGGUGGACUUGGAAAAACAACACUUGCCCAACUUAUAUUCAAUCAUGACAAGAAAACUUCUAGAUUUGCUGAAAGGAAAAAGUAUUUGCUUGUGCUAGAUGAUGUAUGGGAUGAUGAACAAGUGAAUUGGCAGAGGUUGAAAUCUAUAUUGGUGUGUGGGGGAAAAGGCGCAUCAAUUUUGGUCACCACUCGUCUUCUAAAGGUUGCAGCAAUCAUGGGAACAAUACCCCCUCAUGAUUUAUCAAUCCUAUCAGACACUGAUUGUUGGGAAUUGUUGAAACAAAGAGCCUUUGGACCAAAUGAGGAAGAGAGGGAAGAACUUGUGGCCAUAGGAAAGGAGAUAGUAAAGAAGUGCGGGGGAGUGCCUCUUGCGGCAAUGGCAUUAGGAAGUCUGUUGCGUUUCAAAAGAAAGGAAAUAGAGUGGCUCAAUGUCAAGGAAAGCCAGCUAUGGGAAUUACAAGGUGAAGAUCAUGUCAUGUCUGCCUUAAGAUUAAGCUAUUUGAAUUUUCCAGUAAAAUUGAGACCGUGUUUUGCCUUGUGUGCACUGUUUCCCAAAGACGAAAUCAUAGACAAGAAAUUUUUGAUUGAUCUUUCAGAAGAUAUUGGCAAUGAGGUGUGGAAUGAGUUAUAUUGGAGAUCAUUUUUUCAAGAUAUUGAGAAAGAUGGUAUUGGUGAAAUUGAAAAAUUUAAAAUGCACGACCUUGUUCAUGAUCUUGCUCAAUCUAUUGCAGAAGAGGUUAGUUGUUACAUUCCAGAACCAAGCCUAUCUAAAAGAAUUCGCCACCUCUCAACUUAUGGUGAGAAAUCAUCUGGGAUAGUCGGUUCAGUACAGUUGCAUGGAAUCAAAUUAUUGAGGACCUUUUUAAUGCGUCAAUACAAUUGUUUGCCACCUCAAGUACUAAAAUGUUAUUCUUUACGAGUACUUGACCUCCAAAGAAUGAUAGAGUUGCCAUCUUUGAUUUUUCAUUUGAAACAUUUGAGAUACUUGAAUCUUUCUUACGGACAAUUCAAAACUCUUCCAGAAUCCUUAUGCAAGUUAUGGAAUUUGCAGAUUUUAAAGUUAGAUUAUUGUUUCAGACUUGAAAGGUUGCCUGAUAGGUUGGUCCAGUUGAAAGCUCUACAACAUCUAUCUUUAAAGGAUUGUUACUCAUUAUUAAGCUUGCCUCCCCAUAUAAGGAAGUUGGCUUCCCUACAAACAUUAACCAUGUAUGUAGUUGGCAAGGAGAAAGGGUUUCUUUUGGCGGAACUAGGACAAAUGAAUCUUAUCGGAGACCUUUCCAUUAGUCACUUGGAGAGAGUUAAAAGUGUCAUGAAUGCCAAAGAAGCUAAUAUGUUGAGAAAGCACGUGAACAAUUUGAAAUUGUCAUGGGAGAGAAAUGAAGAGACCCAAUUACAAGAAAACGUUGAAGAGAUUUUUGAAGUGCUUGAACCUCAAACCAAAAAACUUCAAAGUCUGAGAGUGAGAGGAUAUACAGGUGCCUAUUUCCCACAAUGGAUGUCUAGUUCCUCUCUAAACAUUUUAACUUAUCUAGAACUUGUGAAUUGCCAAAGUUGUUUACACCUUCCAGACUUGGGGAAACUUCCUUCUCUAAAGAAUCUAAUAGUAUCUAACAUGAGUCAUGUAAAAUACCUAAAUGAGGAGGAUUCAUGCAAUGGUGGAGUUGCAGGAGGUUUCACAAAACUAGAAAAAUUGGAACUAAAGGAGUUGCCGAACCUGGUAAAGUUAUCAAGGGAGGAUAGAGAUAACAACUUUUCUUGCCUUUCAAUACUUCAAAUUACAGAAUGUCCUGUAUUGUUGGAAUUGUCUUGCCUUCCAUCUCUCAGUGAAUUAUGUGUCCGAGGGAAAUGCAGCCCACAUUUACUAAGUUCAAUUCAUACACUCCAUACUCUUGAAAUCCUUCAUUUCAAAUAUCAUAAAGAGCUAAGUUUAUUUCCAGAUGGGAUGCUAAGAGACCUCCCUUCUCUUAAGAUUUUUGAUAUUGAUGGUCUUUCAAAACUUGAGCAACUUCCAACUGAUACCAAUAACACUAAUGUUAUCCAAGCAAUACAUAUUAGUGGUUGCGAGAAUCUCAAGUCAUUGGCAGAUGAAGUAUUACAUGGAUUGCACUCUCUUAAGACAUUGAGUAUUAGAUACUGCCAAAAGUUCAACCUAUCACAAAGUUUUCAAUACCUCACUUGUCUUGAGAAUUUGAUAAUCAAGAGUUGCCCAAAAAUAGAAGGUUUGCAUGAGGCAUUACAACAUAUGUGUGCUCUUCAAUCUUUGUCAUUGUGUAAUCUUCCGAACCUGGCAUCCUUACCUGACUGGUUAGGAAACCUAGUCUUGCUACACAAUUUGAAUAUUUAUAAUUGUCCAAAACUGACAUGUCUUCCCAUGAGCAUUCAACGCCUUACUAAUCCGAAACAUUUGAGAAUUCACGGUUGCAGUGAAUUAGAGAAACGGUGUAAAGAGAACUCUGGUGAGGAUUGGCACAAAAUAGUUCACGUUCAACACGUCGAAGUAAAAGACCAUGGAAUGAUCAUUGGAAGAGCUUAUGAAUCUUAUGGUUUUCAGUUCUAG